GUGUUCGUGGUGGGCCUUGCGGAUGGCGAUGCCGCUGUGAUUGCGGAGCACCUGCAGGAGAACAGCGGUGUGCGUGUGUUUGUGCUGUUCUCCGAGGUGUCUCUGCGGUACGCUGACUUCACUGCUGCGUUCAGUGGGAGUGUGAGUGCAUACCGCCUUGUGUUCGCGACGAACCUGCCGCACUGGGCCGAUGAGAAGACGGAGUCCGAGACCGUACGGAAGUUCCACGCUGCUGUGACGAAUGUAAGGGAGAGGACGCCGCUGUCACUGAGGGCAUUUGUCGCCAUACAACUACUAGAGACUAUUGUGUCGCGGCUACCUGCUGUUAAUGCCGAUGAGUUGGAUGGAUACUUCUAUAAUAAUGUUGUUGUCACUGAAGACGACAUGAUGUAUGGAUCAUUUGCUGAUGGGAGUGAGUGUGUUCAGCAGGGUAUUGUUGAUACU